CCCAAAAGUUAGGUUUUUGAAACAGCAACACCAAAAAGCCUACAAGACUCAAUUUCUCCAAUUUCUCAAUCCAACCAAUCCAAAUGGAACAAACGCAACAGUUGCUAUGGAGAUCCGACUCCUCGGACUCGUCGGAAUCUCUCUCGACGUCAAUGAUGUCAGUGACGCUCGGCAGAGCAAUGACCGCUCUGCUAUCUGCCCGCCCCAGAAAGCUCCACGACGCCGUUUCUCGACUCUCCCAUCCGCCCCUCAGCUCAGCCCCUCACGUCUCCGUUUCGGUCUCUCUCGACGACGCCCUCCGCUUCCUGCACAAGUACCUAAACGACGCUGCUCAGAGGAACGAGCCCCUCCAUGAAAUUCUAGUCCCCAUGCUCGAAAAUUCAUUGAGCUGCAAGGAUACGAAGCGCGGCAGGCAAGCUAUGGUACUUUUGAAUUGGCUAUUUCAGGACGAUUUUAUCUUCCAAGCUAUUGUGAAAGGACUGGCGAAAAUUGUUUCGACGAAAGAUGAUCGCUUUAUAGUGCUUGGCUGGUGUACUCUUGUGCGUGCUCUUCUGGACUACGAGACCACAGUGACCCAAUUUCCCAUGAAUGGUAUAAGGGAGCGGUACAGUGAUUUGGUAAAGAUACUCUCUUCGUGUAUUCCGCAUCUCUCGCAUGUUGUACGCAAGGGCAGCACUUUGCAGGAUGGAUUUGAACUGCCAUCUCGCCUUGCUGUGUCUGCUGCUGAUUGUUUUUUAGCUCUCACAGAAGCAUUGACCAAAAAAGCUCAGAUUCCAAGUAACAGACCGAAAUUGUCGGAUUCAAAUGCACCAAAGCGACCUGUUACUUUAGUGUCCAGUGAUAGCGGCAAAAAGAAAUCAAAACCAGCUUCCGAAUCUAUAGUAGCCUCAAACAUGGAAAUGGAGAAUAUCCUAUGGGAUCAUUUAGAGGAACUUAUUCGGCUAGUGCAGAAACUCCUCGCUUGGAGCAGAAAAAGCCGACCAUUACAUGCCAAAGGAUUGGAGCAAGUUCUUAAGUGGUUGCAGGAGAUAAAAGGACAUUAUCGUCACUUGGAAGUUGAGACAGGUUCGAAGGUUGUCAAAACUGGAGCAUUGCUACUGUAUUCUUGUUGGAAGCAUUAUGGCAUGUUAAUGCACUUGGAAGAUCAGAAGUUUUCUCAGCAUUACAAAGAAUUGUUGGACCAAUACUUAGCAGGCAUACAGUUUUAUACAGAUAAUUAUUCAGGAGGGCCCAGUGAGAAUAAGGAUGGUGGUGCAGAGACCAGAAAGUUUUUCCUGAAUUGUCUAUGCCUUCUAUUGGGGCGUCUUGACAGCAAGAAAUUUGAGAGCAUAGUGUCAGAAUAUGGGAUGAGGAUAUCACAGGUUCUUCUACCACAGCUUCAUUCUGCUGAUGAUGAUGUGAUAGAUGGGGUUGUUUGUAUAUUCAAAGCAGUGAUUUUUAAGCCAAAACUAUCUGGAAGUAGUCUCACUGACUCUGGUGAGGUGGAUGCUAUGCUACCAUUGCUGAUUCAUCUUUUAGAUGAACGGGACGGCACAGCUAGAGCUGUUGUUAUGCUGAUAGCUGAAUACUGUUUGAUGAGCAGAGACAACCGUUGCAUUAAAGAAGUUCUAGAACGCCUUGCUUGUGGAAAUGUUCAACAGAGGGGGAAUGCCCUUGAUGUUGUAUCAGAACUCAUUCGCAUGUCGUCAGAUUCAAAUGACAUACUUCCCCAGUUAUCAUGGCAAGAUAUUGCAAACCACUUGAUUGAGCGACUUGAAGAUGAAGAAAUUGCCAUUCGAAAACAAGCAUCUACUUUGCUUACAAUGAUCGACCCUUCAUUAGUUUUGCCUGCUUUAGUUCAUCUAGUUUAUUCAUCGGAUGAAAGAUUGCAAUCAACUGCAAGUGAUGCCUGUGUUGGUGUACUAAAAUAUCAUAGCCAGAAUGCUGAGGUUAUAUGUUUACUGCUCGACUGUCUUAGCAACCUCAGCCAAAACGUAAAUCUUCAGAACACUGCAGGGGAUGUAGUUUCAGGAUCAAAACUGGAGAGUGAACGAGUGCUUAGGCUGAUCCCAGAGUGGUCUAAAAGUGUUCAAAGCUGGGACCUCUUGAUUGGUCCAUUGAUUGAGAAGAUGUUUGCAGAGCCAUCAAAUGCAACAAUGGUGAAGUUUUUGAGUUUUAUAAGUGAGCACUUGGCAGAAGCUGCUGAUGCCGUUCUCUCUUGUGUUCUAUUGCAUGCUAAACAACGGAAAGAGUUUGAUGGAAACAGCUUUUCUGGACGGGAGUGCCAGACCUACAAAAGUGAUGACUCUGAAAACAUGCAGCAGACCCUUUUUGAACACCUUUGCCCGCUACUCAUAAUUAGGAUGCUUCCACUGAGGGUAUUUAAUGACCUUAAUUCACCUAUCAUUUAUGGACAACUUUUCAAUCAAGGCAAUUUUCACGACUGUGGAGAUAUCAAUACUAUCAAUCAGGAUUGUGUGACUGCUCUUCUUCUGAAAAGGACAUUUUGUGAGUUUGAAUUCAAUGAUGUACGGAAACUUGCGGCUGAGCUCUGUGGGCGUAUUCAUCCCGAAGUGCUAAUUCCAAUUGUCAGCUCCCAGCUAGAAAUUGCUGCAAGUUCUCGGGAUAUACUAAAGAUUAAGGCAUGCUUAUUUUCAGUUUGCACUUCACUUGUGGUCAGAGGCAGGGAUUCACUUUCUCAUCCUGUUAUGCUCAAAAUCAGACAGACAUUGGAGACAAUGCUAUUAUGGUCUUCUGGUGAUGGGGAUGAAGUUUCCAAAGCACAGCAUGGUUGCAUUGAUUGCCUCGCACUUAUGAUAUGUGCUGAACUGCAAGAUCCAGAUUCAUUUAGCAUUGUUGGGAAGAAAGGAGAUGCUGCAUCAAGAGACUCUGCCCUCACCUAUGUAAUCAAUAAACUUAUACAAGAUAGCAACCAACCUGCCUUAUCAUCUGACCAUGAUGAUGUGAAAUGCACAAGUGAGGGGCCAGCUCCACUCUCGUUCUAUAUGUGCAUGGCAAAUGUUCUCAUUAGUGCUUGCCAAAAGAUACUGGACUCUGGAAGAAAACCUUUUGCUCGAAAAACUAUUCCAUGUCUCAUCCAUUCUGUUAAGGUGAUGACGAACCCGGAGAUCCGAGCUGCAUGCGUUGAGGUUCUCUUUUCAUCGGUGUACCAUUUGAAAUCUGCAAUUCUUCCUUACUCAACUGAUCUUCUUGAAGUCUCAUUAAAAGCACUUAGAAAAGGGUCGGAGAAGGAAAAGAUGGCAGGUGCAAAGCUAAUGGGGUCUCUAAUGGCCAGUGAUGAUGCAAUCGUAGAGAGUAUAUCAGCAAGAUUAAUAGAAGCAAGAUCGAUACUGUCGAGUAUAGCUUUGACAGAUGCUUUGGCCGAGCUACGGCAAGUCUGCGGAAAGUUGCUAGCUUGCCUAACUCCAUGAAGAUUGUGUCUGCUUCAUCUUCCAGUUUGGGUUGCCGUACCCUGUAUAUGGCUGUACAGUUGGCUUUGUUGUUUUUGAAUUCAAGGUAUCGCAAAUGGUACUUAUAGGAUUGGAAAAUAUGUUGCAAUUUGAAAUAUUGUAUUUCAUCGAAA